CCAUUCACUCGCGCUUUUUUGGCUUUGGUCUGUAUUUAGUAGUUACUUUUCUUCUUCCAACUUGUUUACUGUUUGGUUUUUAUUUUCUCUGCAAAAUUCGAUUAGGGCUUCAAACUUUCAGCUAACCACUCAGCAAAGCUGGAUAGGCACAGAGGCGACCGCUACGGCGAUAGCAACAACCAUGACUCUUACUUCAAUAACAUCAAUCCCUAUCGAGUCGCCUCGCGUUUCUCCGACGCCUCUCCUAUGAGCCGCUACAGCACCAAUAACGACGCCAACAGGGAUUCCAACGACAAGUUUGAUACCCAAGGUCUCUAUGUCCACCAUCGACGUAGCCCUAGCAAUUUCCGAGGAGGACAUCAUCCGUUCGAUAGUCCUCCUCUUCAACCUCUCAACAGCGGUAGUGUAGGUGGAGGAGGAGGAGGUUUUCGCCCAAUUGGUGGUGCCUCAGGUGGCGGAGGAGGGGGAGGGUUUCGGCCUAUGGCUGGUGGUUUCGAGAGUAAUUAUCAACAACCUCCACCGCUUCCUGUGCAACAAACUUACACGGGACAGAAACGCCCUUUUCCCUUCUCUGGCCGUGGAGGUGAACCUCCCAACAGAGAUCGAUUUGGUGGUGCUGGCAGUGGUGGAAACUUUGCCAAACUUUUUGUGGGAUCUGUACCAAAGACAGCCAGAGAAGAGGAUAUUCGACAUGUAUUUCAACAACAUGGAGAUGUGACGGAGGUUGCUUUAAUAAAAGAUAAGAAAACAGGCCAACCUCAAGGAUGUUGUUUUAUAAAAUAUGCAACCUUAGAAGAAGCCGAUAGGGCUAUUAGAGCCUUACACAAUCAACAUGCUCUGCCUGGGGGAGUGGAUCCUAUCCAAGUCAGAUAUGCUGAUGGGGAGCGAGAACGCCUUGGUGCAGUUGAGUACAGAUUGUUUGUGGGAUCGCUGAACAAACAAGCUACUGAAAUGGAUGUCCAGGAAGUUUUUUCUCAAUUUGGUCGAGUUGAAGAUGUUUACCUCAUGCGUGAUGAAUUAAAGCAGAGUCGUGGUGUGUUCUUGAGUUCUAUACUUAGUGACCUUGGAUUUGAUGAAUGGUUUCCGUUCUUGUUUCUUUUGUUACAGUACCUUAGGUGUUGUCAUCGUGGCCUCACCUGAGCUGGAAGAGCCCAUCAUCGUUGUAGUAGGCAUUGAUUCUCUCGAGUUGAAGAUCUUGGUAUCCUUGGUAACGACCGGUUGGAUCUAUACUGUGCUCGGCACAAACAACCUCUCAAAACCUGGCUCCGAUUUGGUUGUCGCACUGGCCACCUUGAGUGUGAAGGAUCUCACGCAUCUUCGAUUAUGGAGAGAAGAAACCAGAAAGGAUAAAUGAAGGGAUUUAGAGAAAGAGAGAGACGGCAAAAUAAGAGAUGCAAAAUUGAAAAUGG